AUGAACGACGACGAGAAGAUCUUGGGCAUUACCAAGAAGAUUGAGCGAGAAAAGGCCUUAAUCAAUGCCGCCAAUCUUAUGCGCCAGCAGACCAACAAUGAAGCCGUCCGUUCCAAACUCGACACCCAAAUGCGCGAGGGGCGCCGCAAUCUUGAGUUCUUCGAGGAACGGCUGCGUGAGCUGCAGAUGCGGCGCCUCGGGCAGGCCACGGAGAACAUGUCGCUCGGAGGCUCAACCCUCGGGUCUUUCAAUACGGAGCAGGAAAGCGAGGAGGGCGGAGCGCCGGCGCCGCCGCCAAAAGAUGCCUCCGGCUAUCCGCAGUACGGCCAAGGCGAUCUAAUGCCUCCUCGGGCGCCAUUCCCGGGCCAGCCUCUGCACUCAGGCAUGCCCAAGGCGCGGCCGAAUUUCACCAAGCUGGGUCCCCGAAUCCAGCUCAUGCUCUCGCAGAUCCAGUUUAAACUCAACGUCGAGGAGCAAUACCUUAAAGGCAUUGAGAAGAUGGUGCAGCUCUAUCAAAUGGAAGGGGAUAAGAAGAGCAAAGCCGAUGCUGCCGCCCGGCGAAUCGAGAGCGGCCAGAAGAUUGUGCUCUUGAAGCAGGCGCUGAAGAGAUACGAGGAGCUGCACAUCGACAUGGACGCAGAUUCACCGGACGAUGAUAGUAUCAACAUGCCCAACCUGAGGAAGCCCCUCACCGGUCAGCUUUCCGUACGCAUCCUCUCCGUCAAAGACGUCGACCACGCUCCCCUGAGCCGAUUUUCUCGUGCCCCUGAAACGUUUGUGACGAUCAAGGUGGAGGAUAACGUUGUGGCAAGGACGAGAGCAUCCAGGAACGACAGAUGGGAAGCAGAGUUCCACAACAUCUUCGUCGAUAAGGCAAAUGAGGUCGAGCUGACGGUCUACGAUAAGCCUGGCGAGCACGCGCUGCCUAUUGGCUUUCUCUGGGUGAGGAUAUCCGACAUCGUCGAGGAGCUCCGUCGGAAGAGGAUCGAGGCCGAAACAAACAGCACAGGGUGGGUUUCGGCGGACCGCCUGGGAUCGGCUCCCAGGGGCGCACCUCCUCAGUUCCCGAUGGGCGCCCAGAGCCCCCAGUUCGCCGGCCCCCCGACGUCUCCUGGACAACAAGGGCCGCCGUUUGCGCCGCAGCCGCCCGGAAACGCCCCUGUCGUGUCGCAGCCGAUCGAUGCGUGGUUUAACCUUGAACCGACGGGACAGAUCCAACUGAGCCUCAACUUCGUCAAGGAAAACAAGGAGACCCGGCCCAUGGACGCCGGUCUCAACCGCAAGGGCGCCGUCCGUCAGCGCAAGGAAGAGGUGCACGAGAUGUACGGCCACAAGUUCGUCCAGCGCCAGUUCUACAACAUUAUGCGCUGUGCUCUCUGCGGAGACUUCCUCAAGUACUCGGCCGGCAUGCAGUGCGAGGACUGCAAAUACACAUGCCACACCAAGUGCUACACGAGCGUCGUCACUAAGUGUAUUAGCAAGAGCAACGCCGAAACGGACCCGGACGAGGAGAAAAUCAACCACCGGAUUCCCCACCGCUUCCAGCCAUUCUCAAACCUCACCGCCAACUGGUGCUGCCAUUGCGGUUACAUGCUCCCGAUUGGCAAGAAGAAUUCAAGAAAAUGUGUGGAAUGCAAUCUCACCGCGCAUGCCCAAUGUGUGCACCUGGUUCCGGACUUCUGCGGCAUGUCCAUGGCCGUAGCGAACCAAAUUCUGGAGGGGAUCAGGUCAACCAAGAAGACCCGGCAAGACAAGGCAUCCUCCCUGAGCGAACGCACCCUCAGAGGCACGCCAAGCAGCGGCCAGUCACUUGCCUCUUAUACGCCAUCCUCCCACGGCUCCCAGGUCGUCUCUCCCGAGGCCACAGAGGCUGCCAAGCUCAUGUACACCCAAACAUCGCCCCAGCGGCCUGGCUCGGAUCGGCCCUCAACUUCCUCGACCACCGCAUCCGCCGCAGCCGCCGCGGCCAUGUCGCCUAAACCAACCACCCCGACCCAACCGCAGGCCGGCCAGAUUCCGGACUUCGGUCCCGGGCAUUACGGUGCUCCCGGGGGUUACGGGCGCCCUACGCAGCAAGAGGAGAGCCAAUACGGCGCCGCGCCACAGCAGCAACAGCAGCAGCCAUACGGGCAGCCGCAACAACGCAAGUACAACCCGGCCGACUACGCCAACAUCGGGGUACACCCCGGCCAGCCGCCUGCUCAAGCCCGCCCAACGCCACAACAGGUUGCCCAGCAACAGUAUGCGCAGCAGCAGAUGUACCAGCAACAGCAGCAGGCACCUGUCGCGACGCCCAAGCCACAACCCGCUCCAGUCCAUGCGGAACCGCAGGUUGCUGCCGUAUCGGGGAUCCCGGGGCCAACCAAGAAGCCCCUUCCGUCUGCCACAGAUCCCGGCACCGGCCAGCGCAUCGGUCUGGACCAUUUCAACUUCCUCGCCGUGCUCGGAAAAGGUAACUUUGGUAAGGUCAUGCUUGCUGAGACAAAACGGUCGCGCAAGUUAUACGCGAUCAAGGUGCUUAAGAAGGAGUUCAUCAUCGAGAAUGACGAGGUGGAGAGCAUCAAGUCGGAGAAGCGUGUCUUCCUAGUGGCUAACCGCGAGCGCCACCCCUUCCUCGCGAACCUCCACGCGUGCUUCCAAACGGAAACAAGAGUGUACUUCGUCAUGGAAUACAUCAGUGGUGGUGACCUGAUGUUGCACAUUCAACGGGGCCAAUUUGGGACAAAGCGGGCUCAGUUCUACGCCGCCGAGGUAUGCCUGGCGCUCAAGUACUUUCACGAGAACGGAGUCAUCUACCGCGAUCUGAAGCUCGACAACAUCCUCCUGGCUCUAGACGGUCACAUCAAGGUUGCGGAUUAUGGACUUUGCAAGGAGGACAUGUGGUACGGCUCUACGACGAGCACCUUCUGCGGCACCCCCGAAUUUAUGGCGCCUGAGAUUCUGCUGGACAAGAAAUACGGUCGCGCGGUCGACUGGUGGGCGUUUGGCGUGCUGAUCUACCAGAUGCUGCUGCAGCAGUCGCCGUUCCGCGGCGAGGACGAGGACGAGAUCUACGACGCCAUUCUGGCCGACGAGCCGCUCUACCCGAUCCACAUGCCGCGCGACAGCGUGUCGAUUCUGCAGAAGCUGCUCACGCGCGAGCCGGACCAGCGCUUGGGCAGCGGGCCGACGGACGCGCAGGAGGUUAUGUCACAGCCCUUCUUCCGCAACAUCAACUGGGAUGACAUCUUCCACAAGCGCGUCCCGCCCCCGUUCCUGCCGCAAAUCAAGAGCGCGACGGAUACUAGCAACUUCGACAGCGAGUUCACGAGCGUGACGCCGGUGCUGACGCCGGUGCAGUCUGUGCUUUCGCAAGCUAUGCAGGAGGAGUUCCGCGGUUUCUCGUACACCGCCGAUUUUGAGUAG